CGGUUUCUUUUCAAGAUCUUAUUGUGUUUAGGUUUCAUACUGCAGAGUUAUACAUUCUUGGUAAUGUAUCUUCAAUAUCCGUCCAUGGUGGAACUAGAUGUGUCACAGCCUCACGAAGUGGAAUUUCCCGCCUUUACAAUUUGCAACCUCAACGAAAUUCGAACUAGUGCAUUUUGUGCUAAGUAUCCUGAGAAAUGCGUCACAAUCGAUUCAUAUCCACAGCUUUGUGAUAAAUAUCCCGAAUAUUGUCGUUUAGUGAAGAACACAACUAAGUUGCUUCCUUUGAAUCGAAUAUCCCAGUACAAUCUUUCACGAGAAGAACUGAGUUCAUUUGGGCAUCAAAUUGGUGAUUUGAUGCUAAACUGCAAAAUAGAAAUCGAAGGCAACGAAGAAGAUUGCAAGGGUGAACCGAUUCAGAUCUCUGUAUUAAGUCAUUCCAACAGAAUGCCGUUCAACUGUUACAUGUUCUAUUCUUUGUACGAGCGUCCAAACGAAAUGCCGGCAACAGUUCCUUUAUCGACGGUGAUUCGUAUGACCUUGAAUAUAGAAGUGGGUGAAUACCAUCCGGAACAUUUGUCUCGAGGAGCACAGAUCGCCAUUCACUCCCCGUACGACGUCCCUUCUCCGAUGAGCGAUGGGCAAUUGCUCAACCUAGGAGCCAUUUAUAGGUUCUAUGUUAGAUUGACACGUCUCCAGUUAUUGCCUGCUCCUUAUAAAAGCAAAUGCAGAGAUUACAUGUCUGAAUGGUAUGGCAAUGGUGGGAAAGGUCCUAUAACACAAAAAAUGUGCAAAGAAAAAUGCAAGUUGGAUAAAUCUCUGGAAUUUUUUGGAUGUGCUGAUCGAAGAAUUAACUAUCCACACAAUGAAACUCUUUGCCAAAUGGAAAUACCUCAAUUUCAUCAGAAAUGGGCCCCUAAAUGUGCAGAAAUAUGCUCAAUGCCUUGCAACUUUUCACGCUUCGAAUUCCAAGUGCAAGUUUCCAACAGUGAAGGACAUCGAAAUUCUUGCGCAAUUGCAAAAGAUUUAACGUGUUUUACUUUGGUGCAGAUAUUUUUGGAAAAUAUGGAAAUCACUACAUUCAGUUACAGACCACGAUUUGAGGCAGUGGGAGUGCUGAGUUGGAUCGGAGGUUACGUCGGCUUAUGGUUGGGAAUUUCUCUACUACACGUGUACGAUUUCAUCGAAAUAUUAGUGUUCCGAGGCAUCACCUGCCUGCGCAAGGGCGUGGGGCACAAGAAGAAAAAGAAAACGAAGAAGGGCUACACCCUUGAUCCUUACAGAGGGGCCAUCUACCUUUCAAAGAUGCGACGACGCCUCUGAUUACUCACUGUAUGUUCCGUCUCCGUGGUUGCAUAAUUACGUCACAGUCAGGCAACAACAUCUGGAAUCCAUUUAUGAUGUCACUGCGACGUCGCAUUACGAUGAACGUGUGAUUUUUUUAAA